CUCUAGUGGCUCAUUUUACCAUUCAGUCUUAUUUAGUUGGGCGGCGUGUGUGGAGCUGAGGAUUUCCACAGUGUGACUAAUAUUGCUAGCAAUGAAGCAACAGCAGCAGAAGUGACAAGGGAAGGAGCAACGCAUAUGUCAGUCUAGCAACAACUGCACGCUUUAAUACACAAAGGGCACAAUAAAACAAGUGCCACCACCAUUCCCAGCUUCCAGAAAGGCCGGGGAGCUCUUGACUCUACAAGAAAUUUUACAUUAGCAACUUAUUCCUUGUGGAAGUCUGCCUUAUCCAGUUUUCUUCCCGUCUUAUUUUGUGUACUUCGUAUACUGGUAGCAGUGGAUAAUCGUAUUUGCUGUGUUACCACCGUGAAGGGCUUCCUAGGGGGUUUGGAUUGUGCAAAGCUGUUGAGAGACAUUGCUGGCUGCACAGCAAGUGCAUGCACCUGGGAUUGUAUGUUGUGGACCUGGACUGUGGAUUUAAUUCGGAAAUCUAAGUGGGAAAGGGCAAGAGGAAGAACAGUGUUAAAUUUGCGACAGAUUUCAGCCAAACAUAGUUGAAUCAUACCAGGAAAGGGAUUCUUGUCCGCCCUAUCUAUUUCGGUGGCUGCUAGUGGAUUGCAUGGAAUCGGAGGCUCUGCUCUAAAUUGCUACAUACUAAUUUAGGAUUGGGGUUGUUUUCCUAUCGCAGUGAGGUACUGGCGUCAGGACAUCAGCGGCAUUGAAGUACCGAGGUUCGCCCACCAGCAUCGGGAGCAGUAGUUUUGCCAUGGCAAUGUGGAGGGACUCGGAUUGGAAAUACUACUGGGGUAUUUUGAUAGUAUUGUGUAGGACUGCUCUCUCCACGUCUGAGAUUUUGGAUUCCAUCUAUUGGAACGCUUCAAACCCAAAGUUCUUGCCUGGACAAGGGUUAAUUGUUUACCCGCAAAUUGGAGACAAAUUGGACAUAAUCUGCCCUAAAGUAGAGUCAAAAACAUUUGGACAGCUGGAAUAUUAUAAAGUAUAUUUAGUAACCAAGGAACAAGCAGACAGCUGCACCAUCCGAAAAGAAGAUACACCUCUACUCCACUGCAGCAAGCCAGACCAAGAUGUUAAAUUUACAAUCAAAUUUCAAGAAUUUAGCCCUAACCUCUGGGGACUAGAAUUUCAGAAGCAUAGUGAUUAUUAUAUUAUAUCAACAUCAAAUGGGUCUUUUGAAGGUAUAGACAACUUGGUGGGAGGAGUCUGCCAGAAUAAAGCCAUGAAGAUCAUUAUGAAAGUUGGCCAAGAUCCCAACCUUCCUGGGCCACCAGGGGGUGGACCUUUCCCAACCAGAAAUCCAGAACCACCAGGAAACAAUGGUAGAAGCUCUACAAGUAGUCCAUAUAACAGGAAUGGAGAUCAUCCCAACCAAGGUUCAAACUCAGGAGAUCCAGGAAAACCAGGGCAGAACCCCGGCAUAUUUGGUUCUGAGGUGGCCUUAUUUGCGGGAAUUGCAUCGGGCUGCAUCAUCUUUAUCAUUAUCAUCAUUACACUCGUGGUUCUGCUACUGAAGUACCAGAGACGGCACAGGAAGCAUUCGCCACAGCACACAACAACACUUUCCCUCAGUACACUUGCUACUCCUAAGCGUGGUGGGAACAACAAUGGCUCAGAGCCCAGUGACAUUAUUAUCCCUCUAAGGACCGCGGAUAGUGUAUUCUGUCCUCACUAUGAGAAAGUCAGUGGUGACUAUGGACACCCAGUGUACAUUGUUCAAGAAAUGCCACCACAGAGCCCAGCAAACAUUUAUUACAAGGUCUGAGCAAUUUUAGAGAAACUGAGGUGGUGUGUUUGGGUAUACUAAGGUAAAAGGCAUAGUCAGCUGCUAUCUCUUGGACUUUCAGGGGAAUUCUUGCACAAUACUGACUUGAGCCCAGAGGAAUAGACAAACCCUUCUUUGAUGAAGAGCUGCCUUAGACUGGAUCACUUUUGUGGUAUGUGUACUAAUCUGGUUAACGUGAACAAUCACAUGCUGGAAACUGAAAAACAGUUACAUAAAACAGCCCAUUCCAAUGACUUUUCCUGUUCUUACAUUUGUCAUUGUCAACAUUGUAUACUGUAGGCAUUCUGGCAUAAAGAGAAGCAGAGAGAAGCUGGAGUGACCUAGCAACAUUAGCAUAACUUUUCAUCCAUUUGAAGAUUCUGUAGUCUUCAGACUUGAACUACCAUCUUUAUCACUUUUGUCUCUGCAUGGACAGCUUUGUUUUAAAAACCUGGUUUUUCAUGUACACUUUGCAAGUUCCAUUUUUUUAGUCUGUCACUGUUAGUUAUACUACUGCUACCUGAGGGACUUGCACCCCUCCACAUAACUUUUUGUGGCAAUCUUUACUUGUUAUCAUUACAGCGCAUUAGAGUUCCUGGCACCAUGCAUUUGACCACUGCAACUACAUUUGAAUGGGUGUUGUGUUUAUAAAGCUCAUGUAUGCACAUCAUAAGCAUCCUCUGGCCAGAAGUAGGCUGUCUGCAGGUCAGGAGCUCAUCCUACAGGUAGGCUGCAUUAACUGUAGUUUAUUGUGGCUUGUGGGCCUGUAUAAUCAAAUCCAGAGGAAAGACAGUUUAGGUAGCACUUUGGUAUCAGUGGGUGUCAGUCACAGCGAAAGGGGGUAAGACACUAAGUGCAGCAACUGUAAGCUGCACUUUCAGAAUUUUAGUGUGAUCAAACAGCAGCAUGUAGGAAAGAGUAUGUUAGGCCUGGUUAACCACUAGGCUGGGUACAACUCUGUUAGUUAUGAGGGCACGACAGUGGCAGGUCACUGGUAAUUCAUUAGGGACAUUUAUUUAGGUACUGGCAAUAAUUUAUACUGCCUUAUAGUCAUAAGGAUAUCUGAGUCUGCUUUGGGGAACCUCUGAAGUAGAUCUGGAUACUAAACUCUCUAUCAUGUGAACAUAAGUCAGGGAAAGCAUUAAAGAGUAUAGCAGAGGGUGAAACAAAGUCCAUUUAAAGUGUAAGAAACAGAAUCAACAUAAAAUGUAGUGCAGUAUUAUACAAAUAGUCGACUUGUUCAAAAUGAAUGCUUUCAUUUUCAUAUUUCCAAAAGUGUAUAGCUCCAGACAAAUUAGGUUUAUCAGUAGACUUUGCUGACACUUUUUGCUGCAUUGCAGUUCUCUCCCUGGUUAAUACAGUGCAGGUACUGUAACAGUUUAUCAGUGAUUUGUUAUAAAGCACAUUAAAUAAUGUUUUUGUGAUCCAUAACAGAAGGAGUUAAUUUAAGAGGGGGAGUGAAACAAUAUGCUUAUUUAUAAAUAGGUGUGUAGAGCACAAUGGAUUAUAAGGUUUUAAAUUUUAAUAAUAUAUUCAGUAAGAAUGCACAAAAUGCAUAUUUGGUAGUAUAAAAUUCAUUUUUGAAAUGAAGUAAUUUGAACUGCCAGAAUAAAAGAAAAUACACAUUGGACAAUAACUGGUGGGGAAAGAACAUUCCAAUUCCUCCGCAAAAAUGAAUAAACAAAUAACAGAAGAAAUAUGAAAAUAAUAACUUAAAAUGUGUGUCACAUAAUUUGAGGCCAAGAAGUACAAUAUCAGGAAGUUAGUGUUACUAUAUUGUAUAGCUGUCAUUGAUAAGCUAUAUCUAAUUUCAUUCAUUUUCUGUUGUGUUUUCCCCUUGCAUUAUGGACUGCAUUAUUUUUCAGAAACAUUAAGGUCACCUUAGAGGGGAAAUCUACAAAAAAAUUUAUUUUUCUGUGGUGGCAUCCACCUAUUUCAAGAAUCCUUACUGUACACUAUGCAAGAUAUCUAUUACUUUGCUUUGCCACUGUGGAAACUCUUCCUGAAGGAGAAUGGAGAAAAAGUGACAUUAACUUUUAGGGUUCCCUGACCUAUAGAAGCUGCUGCAGAAAUAAAUUGUCACUAAAUGAAAACUCUGCUGACUAUACUUGAAUUUGAAAACUAUAUUGAUCUGAAAUUAAGAUACAAUUUGUGGUUUUAUAGGAAGCAACCAAGAUGAAAGCGUGUAUGUACAACUUUUCAUUGGUGUAUCAAUAUGAGGUUUUCCUGCAGACAUCUGGGAAUUCUAUUAAUAAAGAAGGUAGAAAUGGAGUUUGGUUACCUCAAGAUAAUUUCUUAUGCAGUUCUGUGUUAUCUCUUGGUUGUAAUGUGGUCAUGACAAACUGUGAAAUAUACCUGACAAAACAACAGGGAGAAUUCUGCAUACCAUUUAACAUGUUCAUAGUCCCUCCCAACAAAUUAAAAACAAACAAUGCAAUUGUGCAGUUGUGUCUGGUGCAGAAUAUGACAAUCUAUAAAUGUUUCAAUCUGAAGUAAGCUUCUACUUCAGGUGUUUACUGUAAAUGCCUUGCUUGUGUGACUAUCCCUAGUUGCCUGAAUUUAGAAUUUGCACCGUACAUUAUAAGUGCAGAAGCUGUAAAUAUGUUUUUAGUAAACGUUUAUGGAACUGGGGUGUUACAAUAGCCUUAUUCUCCUUUUUAGACUUAAAAAGGCACAGCAAAACAUUGCAAAUGAUUUUCUUAACAAGUUUGUGUACAUAGAGAUUUUUUAAAUAAAUUCUAAGACAGAUGUUUUGUAUAAUGAAAAAUCUGAAUUUUGUUAUGUAUUAGGUAUAGCUAGUUCAAAGGCAGUGUCACUCCCCUUUGCACUGUAAUGAAAUAAUUGGACAGAAAAAAAGGUUGCCAAAUUGACUGCUGAAUAUUUGUGCCAUAAGUGUGUACCAUAAAUAUUUAUUUAAAAUUUCUUUUGUCCAGUUUGUAAGUAACACAGUAUUAUGCUUGCAUUAUAAAUGUCUUUUUUUCUUUUUUUUCUAAAUGCUUGAUAUAGGCUGUCAUGGGUCUUAGGUUUGCUUGAGUUCCACAUCACAACUUUUUUUGCCCAAAAAGUAAACAGAUGUUGUUAAACUUCACAUUCCACAGUCUGUAAUGAACCAAGUUUGUCCAUAAAUAAAAUGACUUUUCCUAUGGAAA